CACAGCGUGACAACAUACACUAAACUCUAUUGUGUUCAACAAUGUAUUUUGUUAGAUAAUGUUUAUGAGUUGCAAUGUGUGAAACUGCUGUUACAUUUGAGUGUGAAAAUUCAAAGUAAAAGACCUGAAGUUAUUGAUUUUGGUUUUUCGUUUGGCUUACUGGCUCGUUUGUGUUUAAUACACACGUGCUAACGGAUGUGCAGAUGGCAGAGAUGGAGGACUGUGAAGGGGUGAUUGCCACAGAGCGCUACGGCUCACAGGAGUCAUGGAAAUACCUGUUGAAGGAUGGGAGGAUGAAGAGACAGAAGGAUGCAGCGGACGGCAGACUGGCGGGAAAUUCAAUCUCUGGCGUGUUUAAAAGUGUUUUCCUGCCACAGGGGUAUCCUGAGAGUGUCAGUGAGGAUUACUUACAGUAUCAGCUCUGGGACACUGUGCAGGCAUUUUCCAGCUCUCUGUCUGGCACACUCGCCACUCAGGCUUCACUGAGGGGUGUUGGGGUUGGAAAUCAAGAAGCAACAGUUGCAGCAGCUACAAUAACGUGGCUGCUUAGGGAUGGAACUGGGAUGCUGGGAAGAAUACUUUUUGCUUGGCUCAAAGGGAACAAGUUAGAUUCUGAAGCCAAAAAAUGGAGGCUCUUCGCUGACAUUCUCAAUGACGUGGCAAUGUUCAUGGAGAUUGCAGCCCCUCAUUUCCCUCCCUUUUUCACUCUAAUCGUCUGCAUUGCUGGGAUAUUUAAGUCCAUUGUAGGAGUCGCUGGUGGAGCAACAAGAGCUGCCUUAACUGUCCAUCAAGCUCGCAGAAACAACAUGGCUGACAUCUCCGCCAAAGAUGGGAGCCAGGAAACCCUGGUGAACCUGGCAGGACUGCUGAUCAGCCUGGCACUCAUCCCGCUUGUAACAGAUAACCCAUUGUUGACGUUCAUCCUGUUCUUCCUGUUCACUGUUCUCCACCUGUUUGCCAAUUACAAAGCUGUUCGUUCUGUUGUUAUGGGAACCCUGAAUGAGGCUCGCUUGUCCAUUGUCUUCCAUCGGUACCUGCUUCAUGGUCAGCUGCUCAGUCCAGUAGAGGCCAAUCAGAAGGAACCUGUCUUCUUGUCACUUGGAAGGACAGUUCCCAUUAAGUUGGGUGUGAGGCUUGGAGACAUUGUUCAAGAGCCAGGAGAACUGCAGCUGGCGUUGAAGAACAACAGCAAACCGUAUCUCAUUGGAAUCAAAAAUGGUACUGUCUGUGUGUGUCUGGGAAGUGAUGCUUCUGUUCGUGAUGAAAUCAUGGCAGCAUGUCAGGCCUUGUGUCUUCGUGCUGUGCUGCACGAUGAUUCCUCUCUGAGCGGUGCACUCAAGCAGCUCUCAAACACUAAGGACCCGUGGGAGUUAGUAUCACAGAGUCAUAAGAUGAUUAAUCAAGUCUUCCACACAUUCCUAAAAGAACUGGACCAAGCAAAGUGGCAUACAGACCGGACACUAUUGGACUGGAACGAGUGGCGUGUGGAAUGGAGCAAAAAGAGAAGCUGAAGUGAAUUAUGAAAGAAAUGGAGGAUGGAUGUUUUGCUUUUGACUGAUAAUCACUUUGAAACAUCUGUCAGUUUUAAAUAAUUUGCAAGAGCUCAGCUGCAGAGCUGAAAGUGUGCAGAUUUAUGCCAGCGUACCAUACAAAUAAAAAAAAAAGGAUAACAGGGUUGGAGCAGCAAAUCAUGUAUUCCUAUAGUCAGAGGCGGGGCCUGACUCUAGAAGGUUAUGCUACUGUUUAAAAUAUUGGGGUCAGUAGGUUUUUUUUUUUUUUUGGAAAGAACUAUUCAGCAAGGUUUUAUGAAAUUCAUCAAAUGUGACAGUAAAUAUAAUUAUUUCUUAAGUGGUUUCUGAAGUUUAAUUACAUUUAGAUUAUAUUUAAAGAGAAAACUGUAAUUGUAAUAAUAUUUCACAAUAUUACAGUUUUUACUGUAGUUUUGAUCAAAUAAAUGCAGCCAUGGUGGGAACAAG